UCAUAUCCGAGAUGUAUAAUUAUUGGCCCGGAGUCUGAGGUUGAUCGUUUGUGAGAUUAUUAAAACAAGGAUAAAUAAAAUGUGGAUUUUACUUUUUGUCGUUAUAACUUUUCAUAGCGUUCAUACUAGAACAGUCAACGAGUUCGUUGGUUCUACAGUUACUUUUAAAUGUCCGUAUGUUCAAGAAAACUACAACAAAAUUGUAUGGAAAGGACCAUAUGGUGUGUAUGCACAUUCCAACCAUCGGAAUACUCAUUUACCAAGUGACUUGUAUAAUCGUUUAUUUAUAAUUAGUAAUAGCAGUGUUGGCAGAUUUGAUUUGAAAAUUGUUAAUUUACAAUACAGUGAUGAAGGCCAGUACAAUUGUUCAGUAACUAACAAUGGAACAACAAAAUCAAAAACAUUUCACUUAUCAUUACCUGUAUUACUCCAAUCAUCGGAACCGUCUUAUUAUAGAUACUUAAAAUUGGACCCAAGUGCCAAGAAGCUUAUUGUAGGCCAUAUGAACUAUGUCAGUAUUGUAGACAUUUUAGAUAGUCCUCGAUUUCCAGUAAAGAAUAAUUCUAUAGAGUUUCCAUCUGAAGCAAACAAGCUUAGUUACUGCACCUUAUCAAAAGAAAAGGUACCAUAUUGUCAGAAUCACAUCAGAGUCCUAGAGUUUCGAACUGACGACACCGUCAUAUUAUGCGGAACAAACGCUGAUUCACCAAAGGGUUUUGAAUUAAACAUUACAGAUAAUUCACAUAUAAGCCUAGGUCCUGUUCCGUGUGCAAAUGAUCCAUUUGAUAAUUUUACAACUACAUAUAUAACAGAUCAUAAUCAGUAUGGCAAAGGAAUUAUGUAUUAUGGCGCAACGUUGCAUACUGAAGCAACAAUAUUUAGACCAAUGUAUGAUGGUGCUGGGAGGGUUAGCGAAUACCAAAAAGGUGUCAUAAGCUCAAACUGGAUGAAAGAUCCCCAAUUUGUCGGAUCUUUCUCUUUAAAAGAAACAGUACUUUUCUUUUUCCGCGAAACCGCUACUGAAGUUAAUCCCUCUGAAAACAAAAUUUACUCGAGGGUUGCAAAGGUUUGUAAGUCUGAUAUUGGAGGAAAUUCAAUUUUAAGGAAUAAAUGGACAAGUUAUCAAAAAGCUAGAUUGCAGUGUUUCACUGAAGGAAGUUCGCCAGUUUAUUUCGAUGACAUACAGGACAUAGUUGAAAAAGAUGGCAUAUUCUACGGUCUGUUUAUGACAAGAAUAAAGUCACCGGUCUCUGUUAUAUGUGCCUUUAACACCUCUGACAUUGAAGCUGUAUUUAAUGGGCCAUUUAAGACACAGAAGACACCAAAUUCAUUAUGGACAGAGGCUGAAAAUAUACCACAACCAAGACCAGGGAUGUGUAUUAAUAAUUCAAUGGCUCAAAGUGAAGAUGUUCUCAACUUUAUUGCCAACCAUCCUCUAAUGCACAAAACUAUUCAGCCUUUGUAUGGAAAGCCAAUAUUUGUUUUAUAUGAUCAUCUACAGAAAUUAGAAAUACACAGGAAUAUGACGGAAAUUGUGUUUUAUGCAGGCUCAAGUAGUGGAAAGGUUUAUAAAUUAUUUUCCACAAACGGAAAUACUUACGUGUCAAAUAUUUUCGCACCUUCUCCAGAGAAUGAAGCCAUCUGGUCUUUAGUCAAUAUUGGAGACUUUGUGUUAAUUGGAACGGAUUAUUCAGUGAGACAAAUUAAUGUUAUAAACUGUGAGCAGUACAUGAAGAUUGCUAAAUGUAUAAAAGAUCCCCAUUGUGCCUGGUCAGACAAUGUGUGUCGUUCUGCAAAAUAUAUAUCUUCAAAUUCUAACGUCAAUCGGCUGCAAAUAUAUACGUAUGCCAACUUUAGUUUAACGGAUCAUUUCCCAUAUAUGUCUCAUCCUGAAAUUCCAAAAUGGUUACGUGUCAUUGAUGCAUUUGAAACGAAACUUGUGAUUGAAUGGAUGUCUGGAUCUAGCGAAGACGAGUCACAAGUUUUUGUCCUAGAGUUCAGAAAAUAUGAUGAAAUUAACUGGUCAACAGCUUAUGUAAAUGAAACAGAUACACAAAGUGAUUUACAAAGUUUCGAGCUAACUGGUCUAACUGAGGGGCAAAUUUAUAAAAUACGAAUUUGCGCACAAAACUCAUUUGGAAGAAGUCAAUUUACAGAAAUACUUACUGUAUCAACAGGUCAUCUCGAAGACGAUAUAGAAGAAGGUCUACCCGAUCGACCUUCCCAGCUUAAAGUCAUAGAUGUUUCGAAAACAAGGUUAAUAAUUGAAUGGAUCCCUGGAAUAAAUGGAGAAACCUAUCAAAUAUUUGGUUUGAAAUAUACAAAGAAUGAUGGAGUCGAUUGGACAUCUGUCGAAAUAAAGCAAAUGAAAAUGUCGACUGAUCCAAAAAAUAUAACGCUAACAGGCCUAAGCGAAUGUCAGAUAUACACAUUUCAUAUGUACGUCGAAAAUGAUGUGGGUGAAAGUUACACUACAGAAAAUGUCACUGUAACAACAGAUUGUUCAGGCCAACCAGUAAAACCACAACAUCUGAGAGUUGUACAGACAUUCAAAACGAAGUGUUUGAUUGCAUGGGUUCCUGGUUCUAGAACUAAUCUAACAUUCAUAAUAAAAUUGGUUAAGAAAGAUACCUCUUUAUGGCAAUUGAUUACUCUAAACCAAAUUGAUACAACCAACGUAAUAAACACUUUUGAAUUAUCAAACCUAAAUGGAUGUGUGCCAUAUACCUUACAAAUGACCGCAAAAAAUUACUAUGGCGAAAGUCAACCAACAGAAAAUAUCACUUUCACCACAGACUGUCCACAUCCAAGUGAAGAGGAAGAAAAAUCUGUCACAUCACAAGGUUCACAUACAAAUGAAAAUAAAGAUGUCCAGGAAUACCAUGUGCCGCUUGCCAUUAUCAUUAUUCUGAUCGUUCCUGCUGUUAUUGUAGUUGUAAUAGUUUACUACAAAUAUUUUCACAAGAAAGAAUAUAUACCUGAACAAAAGACUGAAGACACCAUCAAGUCGACAGAAAAAUGCAAUACCAAAUUAAUGAGUUACACCGAUUUAGAAAAUGACCAUGGCCAGGAAGAACAGGUAAAACUCUUGGACAUGAAUGGAGAACCAAGUUGUUCUGUCCAAAUCAGCAAAUCUGGUGAUAAAAACAGUGAACACAAGGGGAUAGCCCAGGAAAAAGACGAACCGGGUGUUAGGAAGACAACAACAAGCCAAGAAAAUGAUUCACGUGACCAAUUGAAUGAAACAAAUGACCAAGCACUUGAAAAUCAAUCUUACAGUUCUGACAAGAUGUAAAUCUCAUCUACCAAAGCAGCUGUCUCGUCAAAAUAGAACAGUCCUGCUUUUUAUUCAACUGUUCCUGAUAAUUAAUACUAUGGCAAUAAUAUAGAAUACAAAGGACCCAGGUUUGGACAGGAGAUAAACAGCACAAAGGAAAACUACGUGUAAUAAAGAAGGGUUUCGAAAACAAAUUUAAACCAAUUGAUAUUAAUAAACAGUCUUAACAAAAAGGCAUGCAGAUAUUAUAACAGACUUACACCUUACAAGUAGUUUAACCAGAUAUUUUAAAAUAAAGUUACUGUGUAAAAACAUACAUGACAAAUACAUUAAUUAAAAUUUAAGUUAGUGUAACAUAACAUACAUAACGCAUCCUGCAAUGCUAAAACCGUCUUGUCUGCAAUAAAAAUUGCAUUUACUAUUAAUG